AAAAAUCAUAAUGAUUUAUUUGGGGGUGGGAUUUGUUCUUUAUUUGUUGGGUGAUUCCUAUGUUGGAUCAUUUGAAAUAAAAGGCGCAGAUCUUCGAAUUUAUAUAUACUGAUGAAAAUCCGAUCCCCGCUUUCACACACAUUCACACACUAGAAAGAGCAGCGCCACAUGGCUUGAAAAUUUUCGUCUCCAUAUUCAAACGAUUUCGUGCUCGUUCAUGGCGAACCAAUCUUCCAGAAACAGCAACAAUGCGACGUCGCCGCCCUCUCCUUCGCCGGGGGGAGAUUCGUUCAUCGGAAGUUUCAUAAGCGUUAUGUCGAAAUCGGAGAUUCGUUACGAGGGCAUUCUUUACUUCCUCAAUACUCAGGACUCCACUUUCGGCCUCAAAGAUGUGAGAUCAUUUGGCACAGAGGGAAGAAGGAAUGAUGGACAAGAAGUUCUACCAAGCGACCAAGUCUUUGAAUACAUUCUGUUUCGUGGGAGUGAUAUUAAAGAUUUAAAAGUAAUAACUAACCCACCAGUUCAAAAGCAGGAGAAACUACACGAUGAUCCUGCAAUUAUAGAGUCAAACCAUCAUAUUCCGCCAUCCAGUUCAUCCCAUUUGGUCUCAGGAUAUUCGACCGAAUCCAAGUUGUACAGUGAACCAUCUGGAAUUAAUGCGAGAUCCUACUUAAACAUGUUGCCUUCUAAUCCUUCUGGAAGUCAGAUGGGGUGGGGUUCUUCUCAGUGUACUUAUAGUGGUUCCUCUUCAUAUGACAUGCCAUUAUCAACACAAGGGCAGGGAUAUUGUGCAGCACCAGGGAGCAUUACUAUUACUCAACAUCUGUCACCAACUCCCAUGAAAUAUCCAAUGCAGAAUCAAGUUCUUACAACCAUGGCAAUGGCAAAUAUAUCAGAUGUUGUUCCUUCUGAGUAUCAACUUGCAACAUCCAGUUCUAGUUGUUUAAAUUCGUCACCCAAUCCUACUUCUGAGCAACUGCCUCCAUCCAUGCCGUUCAUUAAUUCACUUUCUUUUAAGCAGUCCCAGCUCUUAUAUAAUUCCACAUUAAUAAACUCAAGGGGGUUGACCCAACCUUUUCCAUUAGCCUACCAGAAGGCAAGUAGCACUGAAGCUCAAGCUGUUAACAAAGUUAUUCCCGAUCCUGCAUCAUCCCUUCCUGCUCAAUUCUUACCAUAUUCAGCAUCUUCUGUUAUGGGUCAAGUAUCAAACUUCUCUCUUGGAGCUUCAAACUUGUCACAGCCCAGAUUAUCUAAAUAUUCUCCGUCAAACAAUUUGUAUGCGGAACAGAAGGAUACAACUGAUAUUAGUUCAAGUUCUCUAAAUUUCUUGUCAUCAGCUGCUGGCCCAACAGUUCAACCGCCUCUUUUGCCAUUGCCACCAGCUUCACAAAAGUUGCCAUCCCCUCUCCAAUAUACUGAAGAAUUUGAUUUUGAAGCAAUGAAUGAGAAGUUUAAGAAAGAUGAAGUAUGGGGUUAUCUUGGGAAAGCAAACCAAAGAGAGCAUAUGGAUGGGAUGCAAAGUGCAAAUAGUGGCCAAGAGUUUGGGGAUAAUAAAAUUGACUUGAUAUCCAAGAGUGAUCUCAAGCCUGCAUACAGCAAGGAUGACUUCUUCGAUACAAUUUCUUGUAAUUCUCUCGGGCGGGGAACUAGGGAUGGGCAGAAUCGAUUAUCCGAGAGAGUUAAAUUAGACUUGGAGACAUUUGGCUAUUUUCAAAGAAGAACUCAGUUUGGUUACAGUGGGCAGAGAGGUGGACAUGGUCAGCAUCGUGGCCCAUACAAUUGGGGAAGAGGAUAUAAUUAUGGUUAUAGAGGUCAUGGUCGUUACAUGUAAAGAUGACUGAGGACGAUUCAUGAUUCGGAGCAUGAAAGCUGGUGAAACUUGAAAUUGAUCUUCUUUCGGUCCUUCAACAAGUUGAUUCUCAAGACCAGCCGUGAUGGAUAAUGAGAUUAGUUAGCAUGAGACUUUAUUAUACCUAUAGCUUAGACACUGGGGGUCAUGAUUUUUUUGCUCUUGAACCUGCUGGCUCUUCAAAUUACUAGUUUUUAAGUAAGUACUGGUUUUUAAUGAUGUAUACUUAUAACUAGCCUUUAGGCAAAAAUGAGAAAAGGGGCAGCAUAGUCAACAUGUUUGUGUUAAUGUCUUUUUUAAUAUGCAGUUCUUAGAUAACAGUGACAUGCUACUAUGCUAGCUUCUUUGGUUCUUUACAUUAACAAAAUUGGCCUUUUUUUUGUAUCCAAGGAGAA